AUGUGUAGCAACGAAAGUUCAACGAACACCAAUCCACGAUUACCCAUGCCAUUUGCCUUAGAUCCUAACGGUCCGAGGGCUCUUUUGCCCUUAGAUCAUUAUAGAUUACAGCUUUACCAAUAUGCUGUUGCAGAGAGAUUAAGAUAUCCACUUUUAAAUGCGUUUCCAUCUCCUUUAACGUGCUAUCCACUAUUUCCGCGGGCUUUACAACCCGAAGAACCGAAGCCACAGCAUAGCUAUAUUGGACUUAUAGCUAUGGCAAUUUUGGGCUCGCCCGAAGGCAAAUUAGUGCUUUCCGACAUUUAUCAGCAUAUUUUGGAUAAUUACCCAUAUUUUCGUACCAGAGCCCCAGGUUGGAAAAACUCAAUUCGCCAUAAUUUGUCAUUAAAUGACUGUUUUAUAAAAGCGGGACGAAGUGCAAAUGGAAAAGGACACUACUGGGCAAUACAUCCCGCAAACAUUGAAGACUUCCGAAAAGGAGAUUUUAGAAGGCGAAAGGCUCAAAGGAAGGUGCGGAAACAUAUGGGUUUAGCUGUAGAUGAAGACGGUGCAGAUUCACCAAGCCCUCCACCUCUAUCAGUAAGUCCUUCAGUCUUACCCGGACCUUCAACAUCAGUGUUUCCUUCGUCUGCGUCCGUAAGAAGUACUAGAAAAAGGCAAUUUGACGUCGCUUCUCUACUAGCUCCAGAUUCGGGGGAAGAAACUGCAGAAGAAGAUAUCGAUGUAGUGUCUAGUGAUCAACAGGACCCAACAGAAUCGAGAACUUGGCCGAUGUUUCCAAUAGUAAACUAUUAUCAGGCGUUAUUGCAAUCAAGACCUAGUGCUGCUCCGGAUCCGACGCAUACCGUGAGUCCUGAUUCUUCUUAAAACCAAAUUUAGUUUUUACAACUUGUAUAUCUGCAAAUAUCAGUGAUAACAUUAAUUAAAACUAUAUCGAAAGUUAGAGGUUAUCAAAUUGAAUUUUUUUUUAAUAUAAUUUUAAUCUUUUUAGCAAAAUGUUAUCCAUUGACAUUUACAAGUCUAGAGAAGUGUGUAUAUAUAUGUAUAAUUUAA